GAGCGGCAGAGAUGAUGAUGCUGCAUGACUAAGUAAUGUAUUGAAUACCGUUCAUCAUGGCUGCCUCACUGUCGCAACUCUCCGUUCUCAGUCAAAUCAGCGAGGAAUUUCUCCUCUGCCAAGUCUGUUUCGAACGAUUCAACAAGCCCAAAAUUCUCCCGUGUCUUCACAGCUUCUGUGAGGGGUGCGUCCAGCGGUACAUCCCGCCCGGAUGUCGUUCCAUCCGGUGCCCAAUGUGCAAACAGGAGACGGAACUCCCAGAAAAUGGCGUGAGCGGCCUGAAAGAUAAUUUCUUCAUACUCAACCUAUCUGACGUAUUCACUGAGAUUGCGCCGGCUAAGAAGGGUGACGGACCUCUGCGCAAAGCCGUCUGCACCAUAUGUGUCGGUGCGGAUCCAGCCGAGGCAAGUUUCAGAUGCUUAGAAUGUGUGGAUUUUCUCUGUGACAACUGUGCGCCAUCUCAUGAUCACCGUCUGGCGAGGUUUAGCCGCCAGCACCACAUCAUCUCCGUGCCGGCCUCGGAGAACAAGAAACUUCUGAGGAGAGACAUUUUUUGCGAGAAGCACAACUCUGAGACGGUAAGAUUUUUCUGUGAGUCUUGUUACCGACCCAUAUGCCGAGACUGUGUUCUAGUCGAGCAUAAAGAUCACUCCCACACUUUCUUGAAGGAUGAAGUUGCGAAACACAGGAACACAAUAGACACUUUGCUGCACGGUGUCAGGGAUAAGAUUGCAGCUUUUGAAGAAGCGAUGAAAAACGUUGAUGAGGCUGAGGCUAAUCUUGAGGCCAACCGGGGCCAGGCAGAGUACAUCAUCACCAAGACAUUGGAGGACUACAUCUGCCAACUUCGACAACAGCAGAAACAACUCACCCACCAAUUGAGUCGCGCAUGUGAUGGGCGCAAGAAGCAGCUGAAUGCCCACCGGAAGAGCCUCCAGACCGGACUUGAGAACCUCUUGAGCGGGUUCGACUUCACAGAGAAGGCACUGGGUCAUGGCUCGGAGCUGGACAUCCUGUCGAUCAAAGAUGAGGUCAUCGACAGACUACAAGGGCUUUCCAACAUCUCACCCCAGCAAGACCUGACAUUGGACCAGCUCAGUCAGCUGUACUUUGUCGCCAGUGAGAACAUGAUCGACACCCCUUUGCCCCUUCUUGGCGAAAUCCGAUGCGGGGACCGGACUUUUGUCGACAUGUCCGAAAUGGGUGAUUCCAGAUCGAUAUGUUCAAUUGAGUCCUCAGAGCUAGGCGAUAGCUCCCUCUCUGAAUCCAUUCCAAAAUCACCAAGGAGGGUGGUUGAUUCCAAACCAGUUGUGACCACCACCAAACCCCAACUCAUCUUCCAUCUCAAAGACGAGACGGACGAGGCGGGCGAGUUCGACUGGCCGAGCGGAGUUGCGUCCAGCGUCGAUGGAGAGUACGUAGCGAUCGUUGACCGCGACAACGACCGGUUACAGGUGUACAACCGGAAGGGAAAAUUUGAGUGCAAGUUUGGAAACCGAGGUCGCCAACCCUGUCAGUUUGAGCUUCCCUUAGACGCAGCGAUCACGAUGGAUGAUGAUCCCUGCAUCUACGUCACCGAUGAGUACAACCACCGAGUUCAGAAGUUGACACUCUACGGGAAGUACAUCUCGCACUUUGGAGAUAACGGGAUUUUCAAGCAGCCGUACGGAAUCGCGAUCACCAACGAUGGUCAUGUGGUCGUCACCGAUAUCGGGAAGCAUCGUGUGACCGUCCACGAUGCACAGGGUAAGCUCUUGAAUAAUUUCGGAUCGCGAGGUGACGCCGAUAACCAGUUCAACGAGCCGCGAUACGUUGCGAUACACAACGAUAAGAUCGUCGUGUCCGAUCACUGCAACCACUGCAUCAAGGUCUUCACCUCUCAGGGAGUCCACCUUCGCACUUUCGGUUCCUGUGGUUCCGGUAACGGCCAGUUCAUCGGACCCACCGGAGUCUGCAUUGACAAGGACGGCAACAUCAUCGUGGCGGACUGCGCGGAUCGAGUCCAGCUGUUCAACUCGGAAGGGAUGUUCAUCAGACAUCUACUCAACGAAGCAGAUGGCGUAAGUGGCCCUCUUGGGAUGACCAUCACGGCUACUGGGGAGUUGGUAAUCACAAACCUUGGUACUCACUGUGUCAAUGUGUUCAAAUAUGGAGGGUGGGUUUAAGGAUAAAAGAUUCCUUCAAAAGAUAAAAUUCACGAACAGAUCAUUUCAAAUAAGUUCUUAUAUUCAUCCUCGGGUUUUGUUUGUUGUUUAUGGAACACAAUCCAUGCAUGGUGAAAAAAAUGUCACUUGGAUGUUGUUUCACGAAUAAAUUAAUUAUAAAAAACUGGGCCCAAUCUCAUGGAAUGCUUAUUCACCCAAAUCAAGCACGACAAAAUUAUCAGAACAUCAGAAUAAGGUUCCAGCCAAAGUACCAUAUCACAUGCACUAUCUUUGACCAGACCCUGCUCAUUAGUUUUGCAUACCCAAGCCUACACAUGUAUAAACUGUAAAGGGGUAACCCUGUUUCAGCCCUAGAAGUAGGUGGCAACGGCCUCUGGAAUAAAGUAAUUGUAGCCCA